AUGGGUAUCUUCUCUACUUUCCUUGAUACGUUCUGCGAGCAUUGCUCCAGCCAGUCCAUCUACACCUUGGCUGCAGUCGGUAGUCUGUCCUUUAUCGCGCUGUCCGUCGUUGUCAAUGUCUUGCGCCAGUUGCUCUUCAAGAACCCCCAUGAACCCCCCGUUGUUUUCCACUGGUUUCCUUUCAUCGGAAGCACCGUCACUUAUGGAAUUGAGCCCUACAAGUUCUUCGAUACUUGCCGCGCAAAGUAUGGUGACAUUUUCACCUUUGUACUCCUCGGCAAGAAGACCACUGUUUACUUAGGCACCAAGGGAAAUGAAUUCAUUAUGAAUGGCAAGCUCCGCGAUGUUUGCGCCGAAGAGGUUUAUUCGCCACUGACGACUCCUGUCUUUGGCCGCAAUGUGGUCUAUGACUGCCCUAACUCCAAACUCAUGGAGCAGAAGAAGUUUGUGAAGUUCGGCUUAACCUCCGAAGCUCUUCGAUCCUACGUUCACCUGAUCACCGAAGAAGUCGAUGCUUUCGUCAAGAAAUCACCGGCAUUCCAGGAUUCUAAGGGCAGCUUUGACGUUUCCAAGAUCAUCUCCGAAAUCACCAUCUACACCGCUUCGCGGUCUCUCCAGGGCAAGGAAGUGCGUGACCGCUUUGACUCUACCUUUGCCGACAUGUAUCACGAUCUCGACAUGGGUUUCGCUCCGAUCAACUUUAUGCUGCCUUGGGCCCCGCUUCCCCAUAACCGCAAACGUGAUGCUGCACAGAAGAAGAUGACCGAGACAUACAUGCAAAUCAUCCGUGAGCGCCGUGAGGCUGGUGGUAAGAAGACCGAGGAGGACAUGGUCUGGAACCUCAUGUCUUGUGUUUACAAGAACGGUACCCCGGUUCCCGACGAGGAAGUGGCACACAUGAUGAUCGCACUGCUAAUGGCUGGACAACACUCCUCAUCUUCUACCGCCGCCUGGAUUGUUCUGCGUCUGGCAACUUGCCCUGAACUCAUGGAUGAGCUUUACCAAGAACAGAUUCGAGUCCUUGGCGAGGAUAUGCCUGCUAUCACCUACGAGACUCUCCAGAAGUUGGACCUUCACUCCAAGGUUAUCAAGGAAACCCUGCGCAUUCAUGCCCCUAUUCACUCUAUCAUUCGUGCUGUCAAGAAUCCCAUGCCUGUGGAAGGAACACCCUAUGUGAUUCCCACUACCCACAACGUUCUCUCUUCUCCUGGUGUCACCGCGAGAUCGGAAGAGUUCUUCCCCGAGCCUUUGAAAUGGAACCCCCACCGCUGGGAUGAGGACACCACGCCUAAAGACGACGAUGAGGAGCAGAUCGACUACGGGUACGGUAUGGUCAGUAAGGGUACUAACAGCCCCUACCUUCCAUUCGGCGCCGGUCGUCACCGUUGCAUCGGUGAACAGUUUGCCUACGUGCAAUUGGGUGCCAUUCUGGCAGCCCUGGUGCGUCAUUUCAAGUUCUCCAAUCCUGCCGAUCGUGUCGGCAUCCCGGGUACUGAUUACUCGUCCCUGUUCUCGAAACCCUUGGGCAAGUCAUAUGUGCAAUAUGAGAAGCGUGGAACCAAAGAAUAG